AUGAACACAUCUUCAAAUAAUAAUAAUAAUAAUAGGCAACACUCGGCCCGCAAUGAAGAAAGUACAAAAUUUUCUCUUCGGCAAGUUCAAGGUGUAAAUGAUCUUUCCAUUGAUGCUAGUGGUGAAUUGAUGGCUCUGGGAAGUCGGAACGGCUUGUUAGUGUUUCGAUUGCCAACACCCAGUAGUAACAACAGCUCUCUAUCAUCCUCAAAUCUCUCCUCCUCUCUCACCAGCACCAAUUCACAAUUUUCUUCCGUCACCUCUACUACUGUCAAUACUUCGUCCCAACCCACCCUGCUCCUCCAAAAGAGUAAGAAGAAUGAGGUGUUAAGUGUUCAGUUUGGUCAUGAUUUCAAUAGGCCACUAUUAGCUUGUAGUAUCGGAGAUGUACUUCAAAUAUGGGACACCACUCGCUUUCUUUCUUCGUCUACUUUGCAUAGUCCCAUGAGUUCAAAUUCCUCGUUGUCAUCAAUUUCAUCUGCAACCAUUGCUGGUGGAUCAUCUGGAGUCAGAGGAAGAACGUCUUCCAAUUCUCAAUUUAUAAAUUCAUCAGGAGGGGUUUUGGGAUCAUCUCUCACUAGCACUGGUGGCUUCUUGAACAAUCAACCAACACUCACUGCAGAAGUUGAACAAAACAGAUCUUUUCAAGCGCAUCAGAGAAGUAUCAACGCUAUUUCUUGGUGUCCUCAUGAUGCAUCUUAUUCAAAGAUUGCAACUUGUAGCGGUGAUGGAUAUGUGAAUAUUUGGGAUACCAGACUGCCUUCAACCCAAUGUAAAGUCGCAAGCUUCAUUUCAUAUACAGAUAUUCCAAGCCUAGUUGCCUGGAAUCCAAUCGACUCACAUAUAAUAGCAUCUGCACACAAUGUGGAUGUCAGAAUUUGGGACAUCAGAACUUGCACGUCAUCCACAACACCUACAAACAAAUUCCUAACUUUCAUUUCAGCUCACCAUCCUCUAAUUUCUUCUAUGGAUUGGAGCCCAACAAGCGCAACAGAACUAGUGACUGCAGGAUCACAAGAUAAAUUUAUCAAAGUAUGGGACUAUGAACAACAUCAAACAAUAAUGUCUCAACGUGUGGCAUUCCCAGUUUGGAAAAUUAAAUACACACCAUUUGGAAAAGGAUUAGUAUCAAUUUCUAAAAAAGAUAACCAAGUAAGAGUUUGGAGAUUAAAUCAUCCACAAGGAGGAUCAACUAAUCACAUACCCAAAGAAAGCCCAUCUACUUCUUCUGCCUCAACUAUUGAACCUAUAGAAAACAUCAGUAUUUUCUCGGGGCAUACGGACGAGAUUAAGUGUCUCGAUUUCAGGACGAUCGAAAAUAAUAAUCAACAUCAAUUAGUAACGUGGUCAAAAGAUUUGAGUAUUCGAUUUUGGAAUUUUACACAACAAAUUAUCGAAGAUUUGACGAGCAACGCUGAUGGCCUUACUUCAGCCAGCAAUAGCAAGGAUAACAAUUCAAGUAGCUUAGAUAAGAAUUUCAUUCCUUCAAGAUCACCAAUCGGUAUGAUGAGUCUUCAUUUGUUAGGAAACGAGUGGAGCAUCACGAGUAUUCCAGAUCAUAUUUUUGAAACAGAUCCAUCUGCGUUAUUUGAUCAAACCGUUAUAGGAAGUCCUGUGACACGAUUAACAUUCGAUCAUGAAAUUGAAAAAAUAAUCUCUGUUUUCAAUAAUUUGAAGUUUUGCACCAGGGUCAAGGCAAAUCAGAACGAAAAGUCAGAAAACAUAGAAUGUGAGACAAAGUUAAAUCUUGAAAAGAUGGAUAAGAGCGAGCAAGCACGGUAUUGCAUUCUAGGUAUUAUCAUGAUUAUUAGGGCAGCUAGCUCUCCAAAUUUACCAGUUGCUAUUAACGAUCUAAAGCUAAAAAUCACUUUCCCUAAACUCUAUCCUAUUAACGCUGCUCCAUCCUUUGAUUUUCUUCCAUCUCGAUCCUUUAUUUCCGUGCAAGACUUGAAGACGAUCAAACAAGCUCUGACAUCAGCUGCACAUGAUGAUGUUUUGAAACAUCACAACUGUAUGCUAAGUUGCUUCCGAUCUCUGGUAUCCAUCUUGGGAAAGAUGAAAUGGAGAGAGCGCAGAGAAAAUGAACAAGAUAGUAUUACGACUAUAGGAAUGAACGCUUUCAAUUCUCCUUCUUCGCUUGGAAUGCCAAAAGUUCUGAGUAGUGCAAACUUGGUGGCAACCAAUUUUUCAAAAACAUUCGACGAAGAAGUCAAUGACAAGCAGCAGUCCUCUGAAAACACUUCAGACAACAUUGUAAAUUUACUGAAAGACAAACCCGUUUCACAAGACGAGCAUACCUAUAUUGCACAUCCAAUUAGCGGAGCUCGGUUCUCUCCGUCAGGAGAUCUUAUUUAUUUCAACUCGUGCAGUUUACGUAACAGAAAAAGCAGAGAAGACAUUUCUAACAAGAAUGAUAAGAAAAAAAAUGACGUAGAUUUUGGUUAUAGAUACUACUUGGAUAUGGUUCAAGAAUUGAAAACACCAUUCUCCUUAUCGAUUAAAAGCAGAAGCAAAGAGCAUGGAGACGAAACUCAAGAAAAACGAAGAAAAAAAAGCACCAAAAAAGAUAAGAAAUACUUAAAGAAUGCCAUGACAAACUCAAUGAAUAGUAGCAUAAACGAAGCUAUGACUAUUUCACAGGAUUUAAGUAAUAACAGUGAUAUGAAGCAUGAUGGGUCAGACCUUAUUGAUGGUAUUAAGGAUAUAGACAAGGAACAAGAUAACAAUUAUUUUUCGUCGGUCUACAAUGAUUAUCAUGAUGACUCUACAGAAGAAGACUCCUAUUAUUCUGCCGAGUUUGACGACGACUCUAGUGAAGAAGGACAUACAUCAUACUAUUCCAAUCAUGGAUACAUGGGCGAAGAAGAGCACGCUGAAGAAAGUAAUAAUUUCUCAGCAGAUCAAAAGAGACAUAUUUUCUUCAAUGACACUCGAACAGAUCCUAGAAUUCACACCUACGACAUCAAGCACUUGUUGCCUGUUUCUUAUUCCCUUGCUCAAAAAUAUCGAGUUAUUGGAAAUAGUGCUGUGGAUGUGUGUUUAUGCAAUUCCCAAAUUUGUCUCGAAGAGGGUAAGCAUGAUCUUGCCAAGAUGUGGAAAAUUCUCUCUCUCAUUUUGGAUCCACGACUCUUUUACGAUAGAACGAAAUCAAACUCUGUGAAACCUUCUGCCGUUUGGUCAAAUCAUGCUUUAGGUAGACGUUUUGUGAAAAAACUCUUGUCGCACUUCCUCUCAAAGCAUGAUAUUCAGACAUGUGCCAUCAUUUCUUGUAUAUUGCAACUCUCUUACCAAUUGGUCUCUUCAGAAAUUGCUUCUAGCUCACAACCUACGAAUGUUAUCCUCAACUCACAUUUGAAUUUUGAUGUUGGUCCAAAAUCACGUCCGUGGGACUUUAUUCCAAUUACUCCAAACAAUUCUGAAAUGUCCAAAGAGAACAUUGAAUUGAUUGCCAGUACAGACUUGCUUGAGAAAGAAUUGAAACCGGUGAUGGCCCAUGUUCGAUUGUGUUAUGCAAAACUUCUUCAAAGUUGGGGACUUCAUUUACAGAGAUGUGAAAUUAUGAAAUACAAUGAAUCCAAUCAAGCCGCACGACGCUUCAUGAACGGAACCUCAGAAUGUGUGAUUGAUGUAGAAACGACAUCUGUUUCUCCAGCUACAAUUGCCAACAGUGACAACAGUGGAGGCAUAAGAAGAAGCAAUAGCACCACCUCAAGCACCACCACGCCACUCCAAUCUCCUUUGACUCCUCAUCAACCACAAAAUUCAUCAGGAGUGCUGAAUCCCAAGAAAUCCUUUUUACAUUGCUCGCUUUGUAGAAUACCUGUGAAAGGACUCGUUUCCUAUUGUCCUAAUUGCAACCAUGGUGGGCAUGUGGAACAUAUUCAAAAUUGGUUUAAGAGUCAUGAAACAUGUCCUGCUGGAUGUAAUUGCAAAUGUUCCUCCUAUAUGGUGUUCUAUCCCGUCUCGUCUCCAACGCCUCCUGGUCAUGUGAAAAGUUUAUCCGUAUCAACAUCAAUUACAAACGGCAAUGCAAUUUCUGCAGUUAACGUUGACAGAACACCAGAACAUAGUAGCACAUUUUCCAUUAAGAAACAAUCGGUAACUCCAAACCCCCAAAGAAAUGAGAUUGGAGGCAUUAACUCGGUCUUGUCCUUCCUGAACUUAUAA